AUGGGGAAUUGUGUUUCUAGUUAGGAUGAUAUCAGAAAUGCAAACAAAGUUUCACCUGUUUCAUUGUAAGAAUGUUUUAAAAAUAAUAAAAGAACAAUAAAACAUUUCACUUGGAAUCGCGAUUCUCAUGGUUUAUUUGAUUAUGAAAACAAGAAUGUUAUAAAAGGUCAAAUCAAAACAAAUACAUAAUUAAGUAAUUAAGCAACUUAAUCUAGUGAGAUUAAUUCGUUAAAAAGAAAAUAUAAAAAUUAUCUAAACAAAAGAAGAGUUAUAAGUAGCAAAUAAGAUUAUUGAUAUAGUAAUUCUAAAAUCAGCCAGAUGUCAUGGAAUUACUUAAAUUGACACGCUAAUUUUCAAAAUAUUAAGUUGAAACUAGUUUGAAGAUCUCGAAGGCAGAAGAUCAAGAAGGAUUGAAUGACAACUGCCCAUGGAUAGUUGUAAAAUCAACCAAAAGUAAAUUAUCCGAUGGAUAAGUAAGAAAUAAUAAUGAUUAAUAAAAGGGAUAUGAUUUAAAAGAAGGAGAUUAUGUGAAAUUGGGGAGAGUGAGAUUUCGAAUAAGAGAAAUCAAAUGUUCUGUUGAUAAUAACAGUGCGAAUAAAGGGAGUUUAGAACCAGAAUUGUAGAAAUAUGUUUCAGAGAAAUGUUUAAAUACAAUGAACAUUCACACUUAGGAAGAUGAUAAAAGAAGUCAAUCAGAGGAGCCAUGUUGCAGAAUAUGCUACAAUGAUUCCUAAACAAAUAAGGACAAUCCAUUGAUUGAUUGUUGCAAAUGCUAAGGAUCUGUUAAAUACAUACAUAUAUAAUGUCUAUAAACAUGGUUAGUUAGUAAGCUAUCCCCUAAAACAACCAAGUUUUCGGUUUCAUUUCAAUGGAGAUAAUUUGAUUGCGAAGUAUGUAAGGCCAUUAUUCCUAGUAAUUAUGAUAAUAUUAGAUAUCUAGGUAGAAUAAGAUAUCAGGACAGAAUUUUUGAGACCAUAAUUAUACCCAAGCCUGAUGCUCCAUACAUUACUUUGGAAAUCUUGAGUAGAGAACGUAACAAGAGUAAAGGAACUCACAUAAUCAGUUUUGCAUAGAAACAACAAAUAAAACUAGGAAGAGGUCAUGAUUCAGAUGUAAGGAUAACAGAUAUAUCUGUAUCUAGAUGCCAUGCUAUAAUUAAAUUUAUAAAUUGUAAAUGUUAUCUGAAUAAUAAUAGCUGGUUUUGUGAUUGAAGAUUAGUAAUCAAAGUUUGGAACUUUAGUUCUAUUAAAAACACCUGCUUUGAUGUCAGUUGAUACGAAUAAUAACAUGGCUAUUCAGGUUGGUAGAAGUGUCGUUAGUUUUUAAGUUUCAAAGGAUUGGAAUGUAUAAUCAUGUUGUAUGUAUUCUAGAUAAUCUCAUCAAUAAAUAGGGGAGGCGUAUCUGAGGACUAAAUGUUACAAGAUGAUACAGAUUUAAUAGGAAAUGCAGUUGGUGAUGAAGAUUAAGCAUAGAUUGAACAAGAGUUACAAAACUUUGAAGAACAUACACCAUGA